AUGAAUGGAGAUGGUCAUCCUGAGUCAGGUUCAAAGGGCAACCAACGAAGUGCCAGCUUGUCUGUACAGAACAGCUCACAACCAACUGAGGAUAUUGUAUCUGAGGCUCACGGAUCUUUAGAAGAGAAAGAAGAGCCUUUGGAUAUCAGCUGGCCAGAUACCAACAGAAAGCGAUUGACGUACCUUUUCUUAGCACCCAUUGUGUUACCUCUCUAUGUGACACUACCAGAUGUCCGGAGACCGGAUCGUCGGAUCUUCUUUCCAUGGACGUUUAUAGGCAGUGUUCUGUGGAUUGCUGGCUACUCCUAUUGUAUGGUUUGGUGGGCCAGCCAGGCCGGGGAGACUAUUGGGAUUCCUGACGCGGUGAUGGGUUUAACAGUCCUGGCCGCUGGUACAAGUAUACCUGACCUGAUUACAAGCGUCAUUGUUGCCAAGAAAGGAUUUGGUGACAUGGCGGUGUCCAGUUCAGUAGGAAGCAACUUGUUUGAUAUCACUGUUGGCUUACCUGUUCCAUGGCUGUUGUACAGUGCCGUCAACUCAGGACGACCAUACGUUGUGGUCAGCAAGGGCAUGCUGUGCUCUAUAUUCCUCCUGUUCCUCAUGUUGAUCACAGUCAUCAUCAGUAUCGCUGUGUCCGGCUGGAAGAUGAGCAAAGCACUGGGCAUCUCCAUGCUGCUUCUUUAUGUCGUCUUUGUCACCUUGGCUGUUCUACUGGAGUAUGAGAUCAUUGAGUGCCCAGCUACAUAA